CAUGGCGAAAGCGACGACGAAGAAGAGAGAGAAUAACAACAAUAAAAAGAGCAAAAAGAGCCUGAAGAAGAAGAAGCAGGAGGAAGAGGAGGAGGUGCAGCAUGUGCGACACGAUGAUGAAGAGCUGGAGGAAGGCUUAAAUGGAGGUGAGGAGGAGGAGGAGAAACAUGAAAAGAGGGAGAAAAAAAGUAAAAAGAGCCUGAAGAAGAAGAAGCAGCAGCAGAAAGAGGAGGUGCAUGUACGAUAUGAUGAUGAUGAUGAUGAAGAGGAAGGUUUAAAUGGAGGUGAAGAGGAGGAGAAAGAGGAGGAAGAGGAUGAUGAUGAUGAGAGGAGGAGGAAUAAGCUGCUGGAAGCCAUCGCAGGUCUGGGGGCUCAGAAGAAGAGGAGGAGACCGCUGGUGGAGAGAUCUGAGGCAGCUGUGCUUAUGUCAGAGUUCACUGUGGGAGGAGGAGGUGCAGCAGCAGGAGGAGAAGAAGAAAGAGGAGGAGGAGGUGCAGCAGGAGGAGAAGGAGGAGUCCAGCUGUCAGACCUGAUCGGCAGCCUGGAGCAAACGCCGGCCGUCUCCUCCCGCACCAAGAAGCAGCUGAGGAGCCUGCAGCGAGGCAAAGCGCUGGAGACUCCUCUGAGCCGGCAGGAGGCGCAGCGCGUCCAGCGAGGAGUCGCCUUCCUCAAAGCGUCGCAGGAGGUGACGCGUUGGAGCUGCGUCAUCCAGGAGAACCAGCGGGCGGAGCAGCUGGUGUUCCCUUUGAACCAAGGCGCUCCUCCUGCACCCAAAACCAUCGAGCGGAGGGUGACGGGCUGGAAGGCGAGGACUCCUCUGGAGCAGGAGGUGUUCGCGCUCCUCACCGCCAACAAGCAGCCGAUCCACGACCCGGUCCUCACCUCCUGCGAGGAGGCGUCGCUACGGGCGAUGAGCUUGGAGGAGGCGAAGAUAAGACGGGCGGAGCUGCAGAAAGCCAGAGCGCUGCAGUCCUACUACGAGGCGCGAACACGCAGGGAGAAGAAGAUCAAGAGCAAGAAGUACCACCGGGUGCAGAACAAGGCCAAGCGCAAGGAGGUGCUGAAGAAGUUCGACGACAUGGUGAAGGAGGAUCCGGCGGGAGCGCUGGAGGAGCUGAAGAGGAUCGAGGAGGCGCGCAUGAAGGAGCGCAUGACGCUGAAGCAUCAGAACAGCGGGAAGUGGGCGAAGUCGAAGGCGAUCAUGGCCAAGUACGACCUGGGAGCGAGGAGAGCCAUGCAGGAGCAGCUGGAGGUGAACAAGGAGCUCACGCAGAAGAUGGUGACGUCUCUGAGUAAGGAGGAGGAAGAGGAAGAGGAGGAGGAGGAGAAAGAGGAGGAGGAGGUGCCGGACUUUGUGAAUGAUGCAGAAGGAGCGACAGGCUCCUCAAAUCCCUGGAUGAGAGGGAGGCUGACUGAGGAGCCGGUAGAGAAGGAGGAGAAAGAGACUGAGGAGGAGGAGGAGAAGGAGGAAGAGAAAGAGGAGGAGAGGAAGGAUGGAGAGGAGGUGAAGGAGAAAGAAGAGCAGGAGGAAGAGAAGGAGGAUGGAGAGGAGGAGGAGAAAGAGGAGGAGGAGGAGGAGGAGGAGGAGGAGCUGUCAGAGUUCACAAGUCUGUACAGAGAGAUCACAGACCAGCAGGAGGCUGAGGAGGCGCCACACACCUCCUCUCAGCUGGAGGAGGGGCUGCUGAGGAUCAGGACUCUGGAGGACGUUGACCUCCUCAGUCCGGAGGCCGACGGAGGAGCAGAGAAGGAGCCCCAGCAGCCUCCUCCUCCUGCUCCUCCUGCUCCUCCUGCUCCUCCUCCGAAGCUCCAAAACAAGAAACGCAAGAGAGGCAUCGAGCUGAAGGAGGUGCUCACCAAGGGGGCAAAGGUCAUCCAGGUUCCGCUUGCUCCCACCACGCAGGAGCAGGAGGAGGAGGAGGAGCAGCAGGAGGAGCAGCUGGACCAGAGGGGGCUCAUCAGGGAGGCGUUCGCCGGCGACGACGUGGUGUCCGACUUCCUGAAGGAGAAGCGAGCGCAGGAGGAGGCGUCGAGGCCGAAGGUGGUGGACCUGACGCUGCCCGGCUGGGGGGAGUGGGGGGGCACGGGGCUCAAACCCUCCCGCCAAAAGAGGAGGAGGUUCAGGGUGAAGGCGGCGGCGCCCCCCCCCAGGAGGGACAGCGGGCUCCCCAGCGUCAUGGUAACGGAGCAGAGGAGCAGCGCCCUCAGCCUGCACCAGGUCAGCUCCCUGCCGCAGCCCUUCGUCACACACGCUCAGUUCGAGGGGAGCAUCCGCGUGCCGCUCGGCCGCGCCUGGAACACGGAGCGCACCGUGAAGAAGGCCACGAAGCCGCGCGUGGUGACGCGGCCGGGCGCCAUCAUCGAGCCGAUGAGCCGAGAGGAGCUGAUGAAGAAGAGGAGGAAGACGACGACGAGCGGCACUGUGAACUAUAAGAGAGAACAUUACUGAAACACAGGAAACACAAGAAAGAGUUAAAUGACUAUAACAUUAAAUAACAUC